AGGACGAGAAUUCUGUGAGGGGUAGUUUGGUCUCCCCCUACGGUGCGACGGGUAAAUACCAAUUUUCCACACCAGCACCGUUUGUUGUGCAGAUAAAAAUAAGUACCACGACGACAUCAAUUGAUCUGUCGAAAGCUGCACGCCCCACAUUUUGCUUUUCCCCAUCUGAUCCGACCAAAAGAGAUGCUCCGCUCGAAGCAAAGUUUCUCGACUUCCGGAAGUGGGAAAAAUAAACGGACCGCAAGAACUUCUACCCAGGAGAUGUUACUAAAUCUCCCGGCCAAAGACGUCCUCCCGUGGACCGCUUGCUGCAAACAAGAAUCAGUAGCAGCAGCAGCUCCACCGCUUGCCAAACUCUUGUUUUUUGUCUUCGCGUCCGCUCUGGUACUCGGGUCGUGGUCGACGAGUAGCGGCACUUCUGCGGGGGUUGUGCUCCUCGGCGUGGCCAUGGGGUUGACCUUAGGAGCGAAGAAGUCGACCAGCACGCAUACGAUGAAAAUAAACUACGGGCAGAAAUCGACGACGACGUCGAAAAUGAUCCUUCGAGCGCAACAGCAGCAGCAGGAGAGCACAUCAGAGAGUGAAAUUCUGGAACAUAGGAAAAUAGAUGAAGUUCUUCUUCCGUCAGCUGAAGAUGAAUCCACGGUCCUGCAGAUGCGUCUCCGCCUCAAGAUGGAGGUCAUCAAGAAACAAACCACCGAGCAGCAGCAAGCCAAGUGGGCCCUCGUAUGGACGGAAGAGGAGGACAACGCGGAGGACAACGCAAACGCAUCGUCGGCCGAGCCAACUGGGAAUAAACCCCUGCAGUUGGCUAUGAGCUGCAAAAGUAAUAUCGUACUAGUAGUAAUUGCAACACAAAUUCGCUCAGCAUGACAAAUGGAAUUUGUCAUGCUGAUUUGCGUUGGGAACGAGAUUUGUAAUGCAUGAGUGCAAUUACUACGAGUGCGAUACUUUUGCACAGGAUAUUGGCCCUGGACUGUCCGGGAACCAGUGUGGACGAGUUUUUGGGCUGUUUCGUGUUUUGGAACAAGCCCGCGGAUCCGAGCAACGGGCACGUGCGGUACGCCAAGGGUAUGGAGAAAAAGG